UUAGAUUGAUUUGAUGAUGAGUGUCUGUAGUUGAUAUAAAGCUCUGUACUUUGUUGUUGGAAUCGUAUUUGUGUGUUUUGAUCACACAUUUUGCGUGGUCUGUAUGCAUUAUAGGUUUCGCAGUCGUAAACAGUUUGUGCAAUUUCAGUCUGUUAUGUGCUUAGCAUCAGUCUAUACAGGUUGAGAUUGUGAUGGUGGCUGUCUUUUUUGUUUACCUAGAAUAGAUUCUGUUAUUAGUACUAUAUUGCUGUGGCUAAGAAUUAGAGAAAUCAAAACUUUUCCCUUUGGCUAUUUUCAGAUUUGCUACCCUGAUGUGUCGGAUAUAUUCGUCGGUUUCUCUUGAGUCUCAGUAAGGUGGCACUUUUGGCUAAAUGUGAUUGUUUCAGACAGUCGGAAAUACAGUUGGAAUCAUGUAAUAUGUGUCAGGGACAGCCCUUUUGUUUGAAGAAAAUUUUAAAACAUACCCCGGUAGACUAGCAAUGUAUUAAAGAAUAAAAAACUAGGCUUGUUGUUAAUCGUCAAAGGUAUUGCUCAACAUAGUGAUUUUUAUUUAAUAUCAAGUUUUGUAUUGUAUUUAGAGUAUCAGUGGGAUAGUAACAAUAAACCGGGUGCUUUUUAUAUUGUAUAUUUUUCGAAUUGUUGUGGAAGUCAGGGAAUGGAUAUGGACUGUUAGUGUGUUAUGUGUGUGGAUAUAUUGAGGCUUGGGAGAUAUUGAUGCAACUUAUUCUGCUGAUCUUCUCCAGGCAAACGCAGCAUCUGGGAUGGCUGUGCAUGAUGACUGUAAGUUGAAGUUCUUAGACUUGAAGGCAAAACGAACGUACCGCUUCAUUGUUUACAAGAUUGAGGAGAAGCAAAAGCAGGUCGUGGUGGAAAAGGUUGGUGAACCAAGUGAGAGUUAUGAGGAUUUCUCUGCCUGCCUCCCUGCUGAUGAAUGCCGAUAUGCUGUGUAUGACUUUGAUUAUGUGACAGAAGAGAACUGCCAGAAGAGCCGAAUUAUUUUUAUUGCUUGGUCCCCUGACAUAUCAAGGGUGAGAAGCAAGAUGAUUUACGCCAGUUCGAAGGACAGGUUCAAGAGAGAGUUGGAUGGCAUUCAGGUUGAGUUGCAAGCUACUGAUCCUACCGAGAUGGGGCUUGAUGUGAUUAGAAGCCGUGCUAACUAAUUGAUAAGCAUUGGUAUUGCAAUUUGGAGGGUCGUCUAUACUAUCUGGUCUCUAUGUUACAUGUUUAUAGCCUAUGGACAUGAAUUUGUCUUUACUAUUGUAUUUGGUUGGUGACAUGAUUUGUAAUCUGUGGAUGAUUGGUACCUCAUUCGGUGUGAAAUACAAACUGAUGUCCAAUUUCCCAAUAGC